UGUUUGGUUUUGUUUUGGUCUUUAUAUUUUAGUUUCUCUCUCUCUUUGCCAUGGGGUAUAUCGUUCAGGUUUUCUGAUCACGACGACAUGAGGAAUCUGAAAUCUGUUGCCCUUUUAAGAUCUGACCUGUUUUGACAAGGAUAUAUAUAUAUAUAUAUAUAUACACAUAUAUAAAUAUAUGUAUAGAUGAUACUUGUUUUUUGCUUCAGGAUCUUCUAGCUCAUUCAUGUUGGUCCUCACUUAUUGAGCAAAAAUGGCAACUUUGGUUGAGCCUCCUAAUGGAACUAGGCAAAGAGGAAAGCAUUACUACUCAAUGUGGCAAACUUUGUUUGAGAUUGACACCAAGUAUGUUCCCAUCAAGCCCAUAGGGAGAGGAGCGUACGGCGUGGUGUGCUCAUCCAUUAAUAGGGAGACCAAUGAGAAAGUCGCGAUCAAGAAGAUCAAUAACGUGUUUGAGAACCGCAUCGACGCCUUGAGGACUCUGAGGGAGCUUAAGCUUCUUAGGCAUAUCCGGCACGAGAAUGUGAUUGCUCUAAAAGAUGUUAUGAUGCCUAUUCACAGAGAAACUUUCAAGGAUGUUUAUCUCGUUUACGAGCUCAUGGAUACCGAUCUCCAUCAAAUUAUUAAGUCUUCACAGCCCCUUUCCAAUGACCAUUGCAAAUAUUUCUUAUUUCAGUUGCUUCGUGGACUCAAAUAUCUUCAUUCAGCGAACAUUCUUCACCGUGAUUUGAAGCCCGGAAACCUCCUUGUCAAUGCUAAUUGUGACCUGAAGAUAUGCGAUUUUGGUCUGGCGAGAACGAGCAGAGGAAAUGGCCAAUUCAUGACUGAAUAUGUCGUCACUCGCUGGUACCGCGCACCAGAGCUACUCCUCUGCUGUGACAACUAUGGAACAUCCAUUGACGUCUGGUCUGUAGGAUGCAUAUUCGCUGAAAUCCUUGGUCGAAAACCAAUCUUCCCAGGAACCGAAUGCCUCAACCAACUAAAGCUGAUAAUCAACGUUCUCGGCAGCCAAAGUGAAGCUGAUCUCGAGUUCAUUGACAAUCCAAAGGCGAGGAAGUUCAUAAAAUCCUUGCCUUACUCUAGGGGAAUGCAUUUUACGGGCCUUUAUCCCCACGCCGAUCCGUUGGCUAUAGAUUUGUUGCAAAGGAUGCUUGUGUUUGAUCCAACUAAGAGAACCACUGUCACUGAAGCACUCCAACACCCUUACAUGGCGGGGCUUUAUGAUCCGAGAUGCAAUCCUCUGGCCCAGGUUCCAAUCAGUCUCGACAUAGAUGAGAAUUUGGGUGAACAUAUGAUAAGGGAGAUGAUGUGGAGCGAAAUGCUGCAUUACCAUCCUGAAGCUGAUUCUGCAAAUACAUGAGUAAUAUCAAUAUCCUCCCCAAUAAGGUUUUUUCUUGAGUUGUUGUAGCUUUUUGAAUUAGCAGGUAUUGUUUUUUCCUCUUUAAGUACUUGCUCUGCUAUGUUUUGAGCAAUCUGCAGUUGAACACCAUGAUUCUAGUUUCUAUUCCUAAAGAUUUUGUUUCUUAAACAUCUGUUUUAGUAGCAUAACAUCGCAUCUUGUUUCGGAAGUAGAUGUAGUGGUGUUCAAUAAAUUCUCCAAUAGUAUCCCAUAUUUUAUGCACCAUUUAAUUUAAAUCAUAUAGUCAAUGGAGUACUAUGUAUGAUGAGGCUCCAAAAACUUUGUAACGUAUGGCGGGAAUUGUUUUUGUUGUUCGAAUACUUUUUCUGGUUUUGACCGGAUUUAAAGGUCCGAAAUAGACCUAA